UGUGUGCGUGCCGUCUGGAGGUCACUCGUUCUGCUGCCUGCCUAGCUCUCUCGUGCAACGAAGUGGGCUACUUUUCCCAUUUGCCGUGUUUUCCCUUGAUGGUGAAACAUAUUAAAUGGUCAGAGAGAAAAAAACUACGACGUCUUGCAUUGCACUUUUUGAUCAAGCGGCUCAUCUCUACGUCGUCGUUUUCAACUCUUCCCCACAGUUCUCUGAGGCGGCAGGUGUCCGGAUGCGUUGUCCUAACAACAGUCAAGAGAUGCGCGAGCUGUCCGGUCUUUCAUCAAAACUGGAUAUGGCAUUUAUUUACAACAUCACGGGCAGCAUUGAUCGGUUAGAAUCCUAUUGAGAGGAGGGGGUCGGACACUGUGCUACGCUAUUGGAACCCCCUCCCCUCUCCCCUCACACACGCACGCACACACGAACACACGCCAACAAGCAGCUCUGCAGAGUGGCCCCUUCAGAGCCAAACCCACCAGUGUUCUGGGAUAGAGUGAUCCAGGGGAUGACCACCUCUUUGUGGGAGAGCUAUUCCGUGCUGAGUUAAGUGGACCGGAGGACCCAAGUGGAACAGAUCGACAUGGGGCUCGGACAGUCCAGCAAGGCUCCCGUCAGCGACGACACCGUGGAGGUCAACUUUGACCACUUCCAGAUUCUACGUGCUAUAGGGAAAGGAAGCUUUGGAAAGGUUUGCAUCGUGCAGAAGAAGGACACCAAGAAGAUGUACGCCAUGAAGUACAUGAACAAGCUCAAGUGCGUGGAGCGCAACGAGGUGCGCAACGUCUUCAAGGAGCUCCAGAUCAUGAAGAACCUGGAGCACCCCUUCCUCGUCAACUUCUGGUACUCGUUCCAGGACGAGGAGGACAUGUUCAUGGUGGUGGAUCUCCUCCUGGGAGGAGACCUUCGCUACCACCUGCAGCAGAACGUCCACUUCUCCGAGAGCACCGUCAAACUCUACAUCUGCGAGGUGGCCCUGGCGUUGGGCUACCUGCGCAGCAAGCGCAUCAUCCACAGGGACAUCAAACCUGACAACAUUCUACUGGAUGAGCACGGUAAGACCCGGCAGCCAAUCGUCUCUCACGAAGGGCUCUAA